AUGGAAACCAAAAAACUGCCCAUGAUUCCUGUUUGGCUCUCCUUCUUCUUCUUCUUCUUCUUCUUCCACUCAUUUUCAUCAGAGCCCCUCCAACACCAGGCCUUCUUCCCCACCUCACUCCCCGACGUAACCCAAGAGCUAGAAACCCUCUCCUGGGACAUGCCCCAACAAUUUUCUGAUUCCGAAUUCAAAAUGACAUACAGCAGUACUGUCGUCCUGCACAACGUCGACCACCUCUUCCCGGACUCCAGUUCCACCCCAGAGUCCCUCUUCUUGAACCGCCUCCAGCGCGAUGCCAUCCGGGUCACGGUCAUUGCUGCCCGGACCGAAAACUUCAGUAGCCCCAUAACUUCUGGCUUCCCGCAGGGCAUCGGCGGGUACUUCACCCUCAUUGGGGUCGGUACCCCGGCUGAGUCCUUCUACAUGAUCCUCGACACUGGCAGCGACCUCACCUGGCUCAAGUGCCUCCACUGCGAAAGUUGCCACCAACAGCUCGACCGCAUCUUCAACCCUACACAAUCCUCUUCCUUUGCUCUUGGUACUGCUACGACCACCUCUGCUAUCUUCUGGGCCCACUGGGAAGCCCUUGUAGUGAGCCACCUGAUCAGUACUGUCCUACGAGGUCCAGUAUGGCGACGGCUCUUUCACUAA